UGGGGGUGGAGGAGGAGGACUGGCUGCCCUUCAUCUGUCUGCUCAAGGCGGAGCUGAAGUUACCGAGAGCGGGCGCGGGAGCUCGACGUGAUCCGCGGGGCGAUAAUCAUCCACACCGGGGGAAAUGCGCUAAUUUACCCGAGCAGAAUCUGACCGGCGAUCAGUUCACCGACUGCUCUGUUUAUUAAAGGCCUCUGUCGCUUUGGAUCGGACUCAAUGUUGCUCCUCUUCGGCCGCUUGAACCGACCGAUGGGCUCGACGCCGUCUGCCGUAGAUUUGUUUCAUUUUAGAGAAAUGAUUUUGGCGUCAAUCCAUGAAUAAAGCCGGGAAAUGUCGGACAUGCCAUCAGCUUGUGAAGCUAAACAACGACUGAAGCGGACUGUCACGAAGAAACCUGACCCAUAUUAAGAUAACGUUACUGCUCGAGCAUCUGGACCAGAACCAAAUACACCGAAACUAAAUCUCGUUUAUAAACGCCGAUAACAACCGAGACGCGAUCGCUGCAGGUUUUGAGUCCUCUCUAAAAAGGGCUGAAGAACUGCGAGGAAGUGGAUCAAAUACACUGCAUGAAGUAUAAUCUCAAACUCCAAGCCAGCAUGGAGAAAAUGCGUUUGUAAUCUGUUUAUCAAAGCACACACUAACCCAAAGGCGUCUAAAAUCAUGCACUGCCUCCAAACCUUCAUUUGCACGGCUCAUUUCGGACUGUUCCUUCCGAGCACAUGAGCUUCAACUUCGGUCGAUAAAGAAGAAGGGGAAAAACUAAAAUCUUCUGGAACUUUUUUUUUUUUUUUUUUUUUGGAGCCAAACACAUCCAGAAGCACCAGGACCAUCAUCAGGAUGAGAGUGCGGAUCCUCAACCGAACAUCAGUGCUGUCACUGGGGCUGUGCACAUUGCUUCUGCUCAGUGCUGUGGCUGCUGCUCAGAGUGAGGAGAGAGAGCGGGAGUGUGCUUUUAAUGACCAGCACCAGCAGGUGGAUGAGCAGAGCGUGGCUGCUGACUGGCACAUCACCAGAGAAAAUAACACCAUCCUGUGCAGCAAGAGCAGCCGCUGCUACGGCCUGUGGGAGAAAACACAUGACGGAGAGAUCCGCCUGGUCAAACAAGGCUGUUGGACUUACAUUGGCGACCAGCAGGACUGCCAUGACGACCGUUGCGUGGUUACCACCACGCCGUCACAGAUCCAGAAUGGGACCUACAGAUUCUGCUGCUGCAGCACCAACAUGUGCAAUGUCAACUUCACCGAGAACUGGGUGCCCAGCCCCACCAGCACCACCCAAGAGCAGCAGCCUUUACACAGGGAUGAGGCCAUCUUCAUCGCCCUGGCGUCUGUCUCUAUUGCAGCGGUCUUGAUCGUGGCGCUGUUCUUCGGCUAUCGCAUGAUGAUGGGAGAGUGUAAACAGGGUCUGAACAAUAUGGACAUGAUAGAGGCCGCACCGUCCGAACCGUCUCUGGAUUUAGACAGUUUAAAGCUUCUGGAAUUGAUUGGUCGAGGACGCUACGGUUCUGUCUAUAAAGGAUCGCUGGAUGAACGCCCAGUCGCCGUAAAGGUUUUUACCUACGCCAACCGGCAGAACUUUGUGAAUGAGCGCUCCAUCUACCGAAUCCCUCUUCUGGAGCAUGAGAACAUUGCUCAUUUUAUCGUUGGCGAUGAGCGUCUCACGGCGGAUGGGCGGAUGGAGUACCUGCUGGUAAUGGAGUACUACCCUCAUGGCUCUCUGUGUCGGUACCUGAGUCUGCACACGAUGGACUGGGUGAGCUGCUGUCGUCUGGCACAUUCGGUGACGAGAGGUCUGGCCUACCUGCACACCGAGCUGCUGAGAGGAGAUUUAUAUAAACCCGCCAUUUCACACCGGGAUCUAAACAGCCGUAAUGUUCUGGUGAAGAACGAUGGCACAUGUGUGAUCAGUGACUUUGGCCUGUCCAUGAAACUGACGGGAAAUCGUCUCGUACGGCCCGGUGAAGAAGAGAACGCUGCUAUCAGUGAGGUGGGCACAAUCCGCUACAUGGCGCCAGAAGUGCUGGAGGGAGCGGUGAACCUCAGGGACUGCGAGUCGGCUUUGAAACAGGUGGACAUGUACGCCAUCGGCCUCAUCUACUGGGAGACCUUCAUGAGAUGCACUGACCUUUUUCCAGGGGAGGCAGUGCCAGAUUACCAGAUGGCCUUCCAGGCCGAGGCAGGGAACCACCCCUCCUUUGAGGACAUGCAGGUGAUGGUGUCCAGAGAGAAACAGAGACCCAAGUUCCCCGAAGCUUGGAAGGAGAACAGCUUGGCCGUGCGCUCUCUCAAGGAGACUAUGGAGGAUUGCUGGGAUCAGGACGCAGAGGCUCGUCUGACAGCGCAGUGUGCAGAAGAGCGUAUGGCAGAACUGCUGCUGAUCUGGGAAAGAAACAAACCCGUCAGCCCCACCAUCAAUCCCAUGAGCACAGCGCUGCAGAACGAGAGGAAUCUUACCCACAGUCGCAGGGCUCCCAAGGUGGGCUCUUAUCCAGAUUACUCUUCAUCCUCUUACAUCGAGGAUCAUGAGGGCAUGGUGAAGAACCUCCCAGGUGACGUCUCCACGUCUGGCACGUCCUCUGUGGGUGGUGUGGGCGUUAGCGGCAUCAGUGGCAGCGUGGCGGUGACAGGAGAGAAGAACAGAAACUCUAUCAACUAUGAGAGACAGCAGGCACAGGCCCAAGCUCGGCUGCCCAGUCCAGAGACCAGCGGCACGAGUCUGUCCACCACAACUACUACCACAGGCCUCACGCCCAGCACCAUCAUGACCACCAUCUCUGAGUCAGGUCACUCCGAGGAGGCCGGAGCCCGGGGAAGUGUACCAGUGUGCCUUCAGCUCACAGAAGAGGACCUGGAGACCACCAAACUGGACCCCAAGGAGGUGGACAAGAACCUGAAAGAAAGCUCGGAUGAGAACCUGAUGGAGCAUUCGCAGAAGCAGUUCAGUGCUCCUGACCCGCUCAGCUCGGGCAGCUCCAGCCUCUUGUACCCGCUGAUCAAACUCGCCGCAGAAGUGACUGGAGGAUCAGGAACUGGCAGCCAGGCUGAUUUUGGGGUGGGCGGCAGUGGAAUGGGCGACACUCCUACAGCCAUGUUCCCUCUUCCCAAACAGCAGAAUCUCCCCAAGCGGCCCACCAGCUUACCUCUCAACACCAAAAACUCUGGCAGGGAGUCCUCGUCGUCACGGUUGAAGUUCGGCAAGCACAAGUCCAACCUGAAGCAGGUGGAGACGGGCGUAGCCAAGAUGAACACUGUAGUGACAGUCGAGCCACACUUGGCCACCGUCACUAACAAUGGGCCCAGUGUCCGCAGCGGCGUUGGAGUGGUCGUUGUUAAUGGAUAUGGUGGGGGCAGUGGCACUGGCUCAUCUGAUCCAUUUGGGAACACCAACCCAGCUGGGCCACAAGGUGACGGUGGUGCACCUCUGCUCCAGAGCCAGCUGAGUGGAGAAGACAGCCGCCUCAACAUCAACUCCAGUCCCGAUGAACACGAGCCCCUGUUGAGGAGAGAGCAGCCAGCAGCACGUGAUCUCUCCGGUCGCACCAACUCCAAUAACAACAACAGCAACAUCCACACAACCGCCAUGAUUCGUACCUUAGCACCUGUAGACACCCCGAUGGAGACAUUAACCUGCCCUCCGGGGGCACCAGAUGGAAGGGAUGAUGGGGUUCCUCUGAGACGCCAUAAGCCCAGGAGACCCGAGCGGCCAAACUCACUGGACCUGUCAGCAGCUUCCCAGGAUUCUUCUCUAUUGGAUGAGGUCGUGUCUCAAGAGGGAAAAGCCGGAUCGGCCGAAAAGAUUAAGAAGCGUGUGAAGACACCUUAUUCUUUGAAAAGGUGGCGUCCUUCUACAUGGGUCGUCUCUUCAGAAACGCUGGACGGAGAGGUGAAUAACAAUGGGCACAGCCAGCAGACGGGGACGGCAGCGACUGGAGGUGCUCACCCAAGUUCUGGCCAAUCGAAAUCCAGCAUCGCUGUGUUGCUGGUCAGCGGUGGAACUGCGACUGCCGCUCUAACCUCCGACCCGCCAGAUAUGACCUGCCUGUGAACUCGAACGCAGGAGGGGUUCGUCUAUGCUACCGUGCUCAAAGAACUGAUCCAGCUAAUGACCGAAAAGAAAUUCGCAAAAACGUUUUUGGAAAGCCGACUCCUGAAGGGACGUAAUUUGGCAAGCACUUAACUUUUGUCGAACCUAAAUCCGACUUGUUUUGAAGAAAUCGCUUUAAACCGAACCCAGCUAUGCAGCAACAUUGGCAUAAAAUGCUUCCAGUUGUUUUUGUUGUUUCUUUUUCGAUAGUUUUUACGGUUGUUCUUUCAUUUGUUGCACUUUUUUUUUUUCUUCUAAGCAAUCUUAAACACAAAUCCUCCGACCGUGACUGGUCUUAAAACUGAAAAACGUAAAUGACAAUGUGUUGAUUUAACAAUCAUAGUUAAUUAUUAUUCAAAUCAUGUCCAUCUAAAGAAAACAAAAAAGGCAGUGGUCUUUAAGACAGGGUUGACUUCAACUCUAAUACCGUUUAACCUACAGUACAUUCAUAUGUUUUAUAUUUGAUGUAUGUCUCUGUGUACUCAGUUUUUUUUAUAUAUAUAUAUAUAUAUAUAUUUUGAAAUGUGCAAUAGACUUUAGCUUUGAGGUGCUCCAUAAGACAAUUUCAUUUUGCUAUGUGUUUUUUGCCGCUUUUGUUUCUUUUAUUUUAAUAUCUUGAAGCACUGCACUUAGCAGUGGCAAUCCUGUGUCCUUUCGGCCACCCCAACUGCAAACAUCGAAACGUCCCACAAAUGACAAUCCCGCACCUUUUCACCAAUCCCACCACUCUCGAAAAGGGAAGUAAACAGAAAAUCUUGGGGUGUUUGCUUUGACUACUGGACUUCUCACAAGCUUCAACAAGUACUAGUUUUUUUUUUCCUGUUACACUACAAGUCAGGCAUCAACCUGGACUGUUUGCUGGCAAUCCUGCUUUCUGAAGACACUGAAUAAUCAAGUCCGUCUCUGCACAUGCUCAGUGCAGUUUUACCUCUUGUGAAAGUGUAUGUAAAUGUGCGUGUAUGGGUCUACUUCUGCUUUACUGAGCUCCUCGGAUCACCGCUGAAAAGGCGUCAGUCAGACAUUACUAUCCACUUCCCAUCUCUGCCAGGACAGUGAAUGUGCUUCAGAAAGAAAAAACACACAUGUAUACGUACAUACGCUUUGAACAAAAUAUAUACAGUAUGUACAGACUGAAGCUCACGGCUACUUUACUUCUGUUUUAGCCUUUGUUAAAAUAAGCUGACAUGAUAGUGUACAAUAACAAAUCAUGAUUUUAUCCAUUUUAGCUGUUUCUGAAGUGAUUUUUCUCUUUUUUUUAAUUUAUGUAGUACCCAGGGCCAUCUUCAUUCUCUGGGUUUAUUGUUCUCAUGAAAUCUAAUUGGUAAGUUGUUUAUAAUCAUGUAAAUUUAUCUUAUUUCUAUUCUACUUUCAAACAAAUACAUCAGAAAUGCAUGUAGUUUUAGCCGUGUUUUUUAUCCUACUACUGCUGCCUUUUGUGGAAAACUGUGGACACGAUCCAUUCAAAUAAUAACAUAGUGAUGAGGAAAAUUCCCUUUAUAUAGCAAGGCCCUGCUUAGCUUGAAAUACCAGGAAAAACGAAGAUAGCACAUGUUUGAUCAGAGAGCCCUUAUUGUGCUUGUAUGCGUUUUCCAUAACGCGUGCGGGGAUUAACCAUGAUUUGCCACAAGCCAGCAUUAUCUUUGGACUUUGUCCAUUCCAGAGCGGGGAACUUUCAAAAAGUCAUCUGAUUUUUCCCUUCCACUGGCUUUUUCUGUCGGAAAACAAGACGAUGCAGUGCAGUUUAGUUUCUCACGCCCUCUUUUCUUAACCAAUCAGUGCUUUAGUCUGACUUUUUUUUGUACAUGUUUGUAAUAUAGGCUAACCUCUGUGCUGUAAAUAUAUAUGGUGCAUUUGUAUGCACAUAUACAGACUCUUCAUCUGUUGCUUUGGGACCAAGAACAACGCUAAAUCACUGUGAGAUAAACACAGUAACGCCAGACUGUUCUCAGCUAGAUACGUCAGUGUGAAUGCUGGAGAAGAUUGUGAACUGAAAUGAGGAAUAAUAGCCUAAUCAAAGACUAAACAAACCUCCAGUGCUAAUUUGACUGGAAUAAACAAACGUUUAUGAUUUAGACUAAAGAUAAAACGUUGAUGAAGCCGUGUAGUUUGUUCAGGAGGACUGUCCAUCUGCUUCAUGUUAAUAAUGCAAGAUGUUUACACCAGAGCCUUUGUCCAGGUUUACAGCACACUGUUGGAUGCUGAAUCAUUUACAGAUAUUACAUGCCUUGUUUUUUUCUUGAAGCAGGUCUUUUUUUUAAUUCAGUCAAGUUGCAGGAAUGUUUUAACUAAACCAAGUUGUACUCUUGCAUUUAAAAUGAAUCAGUUUAUUGAAACCUACAUUGAUUGGAACUCAUUAAACUCGCAAAACCAACAAAUGGCUAACAAAGUGCUCCCUAAACACAAACUUUUGAGUAUCGGCUAUAUUUUGGGGGUGCGUAUGAGUGAAUAAAUGAAGGGUCUGUGUUGACGAGCUGCUGGUUUUCUUUUUUACUUUUGAGUUCAUUUUGAAGCUGAAAGUCUUCAUUUGGCCCCCUGCGUAGAUGGAUGUUCAAAAAAAGCCACUGACAUGUUUUCUAUUACAGCUUGUAAAGUAAGCACUUUGAGAAAAAGAACAAAUGAUAACUCAUGCUUUUAGUCUAUUCAGAAAAUGUUUUAAAAUGUCAUUUAGAAAAUGAAGCUUGCUGUACAACCCUGCAUUACUCCGUUGAUUAAAGAUUAUAUUAAUGAAAACCUUUA